UUUCGAUCUCGUACUGCUGUUAAAAAUAAAGGACAGUGCGCGCUAGAAUUUUUAGUACAACACAAUCAAUAUGGAAGUGUCGGUGGCAUUCAUUUUAUUUUUUUCAUUUCCCCUACUGUCGACUUCUUUCCGAUUAAGUGAUGGAGAAAAGUUGAAUGAAGUUUCCAACGCAUUUCCACAUCGUGCAAGCGAACGCGUACUCCAGCUGAGUGAUUUUGAAUCAGGAACCAUGUCACCAUGGAUAGAUGAAUCAGCAGCUGAUGCAAGAUGGAAUAUAGAAGAUUUGAGUACGCCCUUUGAUCCCACGCAACCUGCUCCUACACCACCAUCGGGUACAAAAUACCUCCGCGUUAACCGUCCGACUGACACUUCUGGUCAAGCUGUUUUACGAUCAGAACAAUUCACUGUUGAUCCGGGAGAUCAGCUUCGUCUAUCCUUCUGGAUACGAUCAGAUCCAACUCAAGUUAACAAUAUUCAAGUCUAUUGGUCAAAUAACGGUAUUCAAGAGAGGAUAUUAAGUUUGGUAGAAUAUUCAACACCAACCAACUUUGAAUGGCGUAGUAUAUCUGUUUUGAUUCCAGCCACUCAAUCCGCUCAAACGAGAAUUUCGAUAUAUGGGUUCUGUAAUUCUGGCAAUUCGGACGCUGUGGCAAUCGAUAAUCUCGUUGUCGAAUCAUCAGAUCAAACGGUAACCCCACCGUUGUCAACACAAAGCACCGGUUCCACUUCUUCUUCAUCAACGACUCCGCUUCCAGGCUCUUGUCCCUCGAACCUCGGCUCGGAAUCAGUCAGGUGUGAAACAUUGAACGGAAAGUGUUACUGUUUCUCGCUUUACAAGGUUGACAGUUGGUAUAUUGGCGAUUCGUAUUGUCGAAGCAACGGAGCAACUUUACUCGGUUUAGAAACACAGACAGAAAUUUCACUCAUUGACAACUAUAUUACGAGUGCAAGUUCUGGUCUAGAUAAAUAUGCUUACUGGACUUCAGGGCAAUGGGGAGGAACCGGUUACGUAUGGACUGGAUCUAACCAACCCUUUACUGCCACGAACUGGUAUCCUGGUCAGCCUGAUGACAUGGCCACUGGUUACUGCGUCAGAUUGUUUUAUGGGACCGACUAUGCUGGACGUUGGAGUGACAUCAUUUGUAGUGGCGAAGGCUAUACCCCUUUCUAUUUUAUUUGUGAACUGUAAGGAAAUUUAACAGUAUAACGGCGGUUAUUUAAACUUCCCUUUGAUGUAAAGUUCCCUGCGUGAAUGUUCCCUAUAAAAUUGAAAUACCGUAUGCCACUAAAUUUAUAGUAACAUUAACAAUAAAUGUAUUAGCUAAGCAAAA